UGACAGCUACGACGACCCGUCAAAGAUCCGCCCCCGCCCGCGACCACACGAGGCCCCCCAAUUGCACACCUGCCUGCCUGCCUGUUGACCUCACAUCGGCCCUCGCAACCCCGACGUCGUCCCUGCCUCCCUUGGAUCGCCGCACCGCUCCGUGCCCGCCUCCUUCAGGACCUCCUGCGAGACAGCGCCCUCGUCGCGCCGCCCAGUGACACCCCCGAUACAACCACACAAUGGCAUCCAAGUUCCUCCGAGAGUACAAGCUGGUCGUAGUCGGCGGCGGAGGCGUGGGAAAGUCGUGCCUGACCAUCCAGCUCAUCCAGUCCCACUUCGUCGACGAAUAUGACCCAACCAUCGAGGACUCGUACCGCAAGCAGUGCGUCAUUGACGACGAGGUCGCCCUGCUCGACGUGCUUGACACAGCCGGCCAGGAGGAAUACUCGGCAAUGCGCGAGCAGUACAUGCGGACCGGCGAGGGCUUCCUGCUCGUCUACUCGAUAACCGACCGCCAGUCGUUCGAGGAAAUCAUGACGUUCCAGCAGCAAAUCCUCCGGGUCAAGGACAAGGAUUACUUCCCCAUGAUUGUGGUCGGCAACAAGUGCGAUCUUGACGGCGAGCGGCAGGUGUCAACACAAGAGGGCCAGAACCUCGCACGGCAAUUCGGCUGCAAAUUCAUCGAGACCUCCGCGAAGAGCCGCAUCAAUGUGGACAACGCCUUCUACGACAUUGUGCGCGAGAUCCGCAGAUAUAACAAGGAGAUGUCCUCGUACACGGGCGCGCAGUCAGGCGGUCAGCAGAAUGGCGUAUCCAAAAUGGGCGUGGAAGACGGCAGCGACGAGAAGAAGGGCUGCUGCGGGUGCGUAGUCAUGUAGAGCACAUUCCUUUUGUUUGCUGUCGAGCUGGCGCGAGGCGCGCGGAAAGAGAUGCUUGAUUGAGGAAGAAAGAUACCUGUCGCCUCCGGCGCCGUCUGCCGCGUCGAGAAGGCCGACGCUAGGGAAGCCGACGCCCGAGACGAAAAAUCAUUGAUACCUUUAGCACGUACUGCCGCUUUAACUCUACGUCCCGUGGUCUGGCAUCCGAUCUUACCCUUCUCUCGAAAACCAAAACCAACCUACUUUCUGCUGGGAGGGCUCUUCGGUGUUGCCACGGAUCUCUCUCUCUCUCUCUCUCUCUCUGUUGCGGGAACGCGUACGACCAUCAUUGCUCGAUCGACCCAAUUCGAUCCAACAUUUCCUCGUCGCUUGGACCGACCCGAAUCUAGACUCGAUUUUUCCUA